AUGAGUGAAAUUAUAUCAAAAUGGAUAUUGAAUCGUAUAAAUUAUGUGGCGGACAUGACCCCAGAGAUUUUCAGAGUGAAAACCGCAAAUGGACGUUUGCUUUCUCAACUUUUGCACAGCUACAAAAUAAUAACCACCGAAGAUUUGAAUUCGCUGAAGAAAACUGACCAUUUAAGCGAUUGCAAAGAUAAUUUUACAAUCAUAAAUUUCUGGUUGAAUAAUUUACACGUAAAUUUAUCUGAAGAAAAUAUUUAUGAUAUAGUUAAUGGAAUUGGCUCAGCAUCUUUAGAUUUAUUCUUCCGAGUUUUAUUGGAAUUAAAGGAUAAAACAAAAUUUGAUGUAAAUGAUAGAAAAUUAAUUGCUCAAUUAGGCAAAAUAUUCUAUGCAAACAAACCCAGUUCUGACAAAGAUUUAGAAAUAAUUAACAAAAAACAAACCCAUAUAAAAUACCCUUCUUCGGUUAUUACUGAAGAUGAUGAAGAAUUAAGAGAUUUAGAUACAAGGACUUAUGAAGAAUUGAUUAGUUUACAAAACGAAGCUAGAAAAAUACCCAAGUUUGUACCGGAUCCGAAAAAAGUCAAGCAAAUAAUAAACAAUUUACAUAAAAAACGUAAAAUGCGACAAGAAAAUAACAAAUUAAAAAAAAAAUUGCCCAAAGCCAAAUCUGAGGAUGAUGAAGUAAUGAGACAUCAAUAUUCAAAACAACUAAUCCACACAAAAACAGAAAAUGAAUACAAACCCAAACAACAAAAUUUCAUUGAAGCUCUAGAGUCGAAAGAUUACGAAUUCGACAAGCAAAAACUAUUAUAUUACUUAGAACGCGAAAGAGUGCAAAAACUACACAAAAAAAUCUGGAACCAAAAAGUCAAAUUGAAACAGCAAACAAUCAACAAAUUUUGCAACGAUGCCUUGGAAGACAUUGUGAAAAUUUCAAUAGAAACGUCAAAAUACAAAAAACGCUACAGGCAAGAACCUAGCGAUGGCCAAAUGGAAAAUUUGAAAAAACAAUUUUUAUCUGGCGGAGAAAUAUUUAAAAUUUCCGCGCCUAAGUUUGACGAUGUCCAAGAGGUUCCUGAAGAAAUAAUUACCAUAAAUAUUAAUAGGCGGAGUAAAAUCGAUGAAGAGGGAUUUGAAAACUACAUGAACCACAAGGGCACAUGGGAACAAAAAAAAACCGCCAACGCCUUUCCAGUAGCUCCCUCUAGUAGCUUUGAUGCUUACUACCAACUUUGGUUAGAGUUGCACUUAUCGAUACCGAUGUAA